ACGGCUAACAUCCGGUGUGUAUUUAAUAAAACGGCCACAAUCAGACCCAGUUCGAGGCUGCAGAGCGUCAGUGAGGAGGUCAGACAGUCAGCGCCAUCAUGCCUUCUUCGAGUUUCAGGGACUGCCAGGCGUGGAGAGCAGAGGGUCUCCCGCUGUCCACCACCAGCAACGAGGCUUGCAAGCUGUAUGACGCCUUACUCACUCAGUACGUGACAUGGAGGAAUGAUGACACCUUGGGAGGAUUUGAAGGAUGCAUCUCUGCCAUCCAGGCAGCUGACCCUAACUUUGUUAUGGGCCAUGUGAUCAGUACGGGCCUGGAGCUGGUUGGAACGGCGAGCUCACCCCGUCUGAAUGAACGUCUGGCCAGCGCUGUGCGGCGGACAGUGGAGCUGGCCAACAGCCAGAACAUCACGCCUAGAGAGAGGCUUCAUGUUAGGGCUAUGGAGCACUUCUCACAUGGAAAUUUUCCCAAGGCCAGUGAUGUUUGGGAAGACAUUCUGGUCGAUCACCCCACUGAUUUGCUGGCUCUCAAGUUUGCUCACGAUGCCUACUUCUACAUGGGAGCCCAAAUCCCGAUGAGGGACUCUGUGGCCCGGGUGCUGCCCUACUGGAAACCACAGAUGCCCUUGUCAAGCUAUCUGAAAGGACUGUAUUCGUUUGGCCUCCUGGAGACUCGCUUCUAUGACCAGGCUGAGAAAGUAGCCAUGGAGGGCCUCGCUGUGACUCCAGAUGAUGCUUGGUCUGUCCACUCGGUGGCCCACGUUUAUGAGAUGAGAGCAGAGGUGGACAAAGGGUUAAAGUUCAUGGAGGGUAGAGAGAAAGACUGGCAGGGAUCUGACGUGCUGGCCAGUCAUAACUAUUGGCACUGGGCUCUAUACUUCAUCGAGAAGGGGCAAUACGAAGAUGCUCUGCAAAUAUUCGACUCUCAGGUGUUCAGACGUUGUAAAGCCACAGGAUCCAUGUUGGACAUGGUAGAUGCCAGUUCAAUGCUCUGCAGACUUGAAAUGGAGGACGUGUGUGUGAAGGACCGUUGGCGAGAGCUGCUCCAGGUUACGCAGCCACACACAGACGAUCAUGUGACCUUGUUUAACGACCUCCACUUCCUCAUGGUGUCGCUGGGAGCUAAAGAGAGCAGGACCUCUCAGCGUCUGCUCGAGGGCCUCCAGGAAUUGGCUAAAGAACCCGGCGAUAAUCAGCAGCAUCAGCUGGCUGGGACUGUCGGUGUACCAAUCUGUCAGGCCAUGAUGGAGUACAACAAGGGCAACUACAAUGGAGCUGUGGAGCUGCUGUACCCUUUACGCUACCACAUGGUGGAUAUCGGUGGUAGUGAUGCACAGAGGGAUGUCUUCAAUCAACUGCUUAUUCAUGCAGCCUUGAAGUCAGAGAACAAGCACCACCAGAAACUAGCAAGAUGUCUUGUGGUGGAGCGUGAUGCCGUGAGGCCAGACUCCCCUAUGACGGAUCGUCUGAUGAAGAGAGCUCUGGCUCUUCACGCCUAGACGUGACUGCUAGGUUCAGAUGGAAAAACCCCCAAAACAACACCAAUAUCUAACGUGCCUGCGUUCAGCUAGAGGAGACUCCUUCACCAGAUGGCAAGGACUUGGCACUGUUGUCGAGACUUGUGAAAGUGUUUAUACAGCAGUCCUCCUCCGUGCCCUUUUAGAUUGCUGACCUGUUAAGCUUUUUAAGUGAGCAAAUUUGCACUUUUCUCAAGGUUAUGAGCUAAUUUCAACCACAGGUUGCCAAUUUGCAUGAUAAGUAGCGUAUGCAUUGUGUGUACUGAUUCUAUUAGCUUACAAAUCUGACAACUCUAAUCAAUAUACAAUAUAGCAAUUAUAGAACUUUCUUCUUCUACAUUUUAUUUGCAAACAUCACAUGUAAAUAUAAAUACUUUUCAUAAAUAAAAUCUGCAUGUCAAGAUCAAUACAAAAACCAUGUUCAAAACCAAUAAAUAUACAGUUUGCAC